AUUUGUGUUCAGUGGCAACGUGACUGCUCGCGCUCGUUGUGUGCUGUUGUUCGAUAUCCGGACGUUUGUGCUUAAGUGCUCGAUUUGGUACCGAUGUGUAUUUGGAAAUUUUGAAUUUGAUUCGAUUGAUUACUAUUGGUUGCAUGUAAGUCCAAAGGCUUGACGGUGUAAUAGGACAAAAACAAUUUAUAGCAUUUUCGAGGCACUUCUCCUGAGUAAUCAAUACGCAAACACGACCUGCAGUCAAUAAUGGAGACAGAAGAGAUCACCAAACUCGUUGAUGGAAUCUAUAAGAAUAUUUUGGAGAAAUUUAAUCCUGGAGCUAGACAGAUGAUCAAUGCUGGAAAAGCCUAUCUGAAAGCACUACAUGGAGCGGCUUCUGCAUCUAAAAUGUAUACUGAUGCUAUUAUAAGAUUAGCCAAGCAAUCUCAACAAGGUACAUGGGGUGGAUCAGCUGAUAUUGGAUCAGCUCUCACGCAAAUAGUUGAAGUCUACAAAGAAAUUCAGUCUCAACAGUUGAAUAUUUUGAAAGCUUUUUAUGUGGAUUUAUUGGUGCCGUUAGAGACAAAUCUGGAAAAGGAUACAAAAGUAGUCCAGUCAGAACAAAAGCGUUUUCUACAGCAACAUAAACAAAGGUCCGAAAGUUAUAGUAAAGCAGCUUCGGCCAUGAAAAAAUGUCGCAAAAAGUAUAAGGUUGGUCCAAAAGCUGGUUUAGCAAUGGAAAAAGAAAUAAAAACUAUGCAAGUUCUUGAAGAGGAGAAAUCAAAAUUGGAUAACUUUUGUGAACAGAGCCUAAAAAAUGCGAUGACACAAGAAAGACGAAGAUAUGGCUUUGUUUUAGAACGUCAGUGUUCAUUGGUAAAACAUUAUUUAGCUUAUCAUACAAACAGCCAAACCAUGUAUGAUGAACAUUUAAACGAUUGGUUAGAUGUGGCAAAAUCGAGAGAGAGACUUCCAGAAGCAGUUGAAUCCAUGUUUGCAGCUAAACUUAGACAAGUAAGUUUUUGGUUGGACGACGACAAUGUUAAUUCUCCGAGAAUUGACGAUGACAGAAUUUCUUUAUCAUCACAGCUAAGAAAAACAAAGUCUAUGGAUGCAUCUUGUUUAGAUGUCCGUGCUAUGAUGGAUAUUUCAAGUCCAGUUUUGAAUUAUCCACUGUCUAGAGCAAAAUCAGACUUCAAUUUGAACGCUUCUUCACAAUCCUUGAAUAGAGUUGAAAAUGAUUCGAGUCCAAAAAAUAAUGGAUCUAGACCAAAGUCAAUGGCAAUAGUGGAUAACGGAUGGGAAUCACAGGGACCAAAUCUUGUCCAGGCCAUCUAUGCAUACUUGUCAAGUGGUGAAAAUCAAUUAAGUUUUCAUGAAGGGGACACAAUCGCAGUUACAGGCGAACGAAAUAAAGGAUGGCAAUAUGGAGAAAAUUUACGUACGCAAUGUAGCGGUUGGUUCCCAUUAGCUUACACCGAACCAGUCUUAGAUGAUUCUGUAUUUUCGGAUUCACCAUCAUCUUACAGAAGAAAGGAUUCUAUAGGACAAUCAAUCAUAUCAACUCAUAACAGAAGCGAUUCUGUCACAGUUAGUAAACAGAAUCGUUUUCAAUCAGCGACUUUAACAAGAUUUGGCGAUUCAUUACCUCAUCGAAAUAUGUAUCCGACCCGUCCAAGAGGAGACGGAAGAUCAAAUGGAUAUGGAAAUCUAAGUUCUCCACCUUCCAUACCAGCACCAAUGGCACCGCGUCAGUAUAAUGGACAUGUCCCACCCCCCACUGCAUUCUUUCCCCCUCCACCACCUCAAAAUUUACCACCGCCGCCGGGAAAAAUUGGUCACAGUAUUAACGAUAAACGCUUAAGCAUUCAUGGAGGUACAGUCACUGGCGUGCAUGGCAAUGCCAGUUUACACAGCAGUAAUGACAGUGGCUUCAGUAAUGAUCCACCGCCAGCACCUGAGAUUGACUAUUCAGACGAUGAAAAUUCUAGACCAAAAGAAAUGAUAAAAGAUAAAAAAAUAAAAUCAGCCGAGUCGAUGAAAUCUAACGUAUCCAUGGAAGGAACAUUGAAGUCUUCAUAUAAUAAUGGGGGUAUGAAUACAAAUUCUCGGCGAAACACUGGUCCUUCUAUGCGUCAGAGCUCCAGUGUAGGACAUUUGUCUGCAUUUGAAAAUGGUUAUCCAAAUCGAUCAAUGUCUAAUGAACGAAAAAAUUCAAUAGAGAACGGAAUUUUUCAAGAUAAAAAAGUAAAACGAUCAAAGUCGAUGUGGAAGUUUAAAAAGUCAAGUGAUGAUGUAUUAAUGGGAAUGUCUAUGUGGAAACAUAGAUCUUUGGUGGAUUUGAAUUCUACUGACAUUAACGAACAACGACAACAGCAGCACAAAAAUGGAGGAGGAACUCCAAUGACCAACAAGAAAUUUGCUUUUACCAGAGAGAUAGACAUAGGUAGUAGCAAUGGGUUCGCCAAUGACGAUGAUGAUAAUCAGACUAUAAUCAAUGGCUCAUCAACUAUUCAAAAAAGAUCGCAUAUUGGCGGAAAUAUCCAGAGACAUGGUCAUCAUCAACGUCUUCAGCAAAGAUUCGGUGGAAGUAACAAUCAUCGUCGUAGUGCUUCCGAUGAUGAUGAAAAUGGGUCAUCUAGCGAAGCUGAAGAUUCUGAGUCAUGCAUUGUGGUUGAUGACCACUUGAAAAAUUCACCACCGGCUCCACAAAGUCUUCUUCCGAGGACUAGAUUGAUAAAACAGCAAUCACAGCAUAUUACUAAUAAAGUACCAAUACACCCUCCAGCUGAUGACGUAUUCAAAGAAUCAGAUGUAGAUGUUAGAUUUGAAAGUUCUAAAUUACAAACAUUCAAAUAUAUCAACAACAAUAAUAACUCUAAGAUCAAAUGUGUUUGCAACAAUCAAAUUACGGAAAACAAGCACUAAUGAUCGAUCAGCUCCAAAGAUAAUUUAAAAUUUAUUAUUAUAACUAUCAAAUAGUGUAAAUAAACAAACAUAAAAUUAAAAAUAAUUUUAGUAUAAAUAAUUAUGUAAUUAUAUACAUAGGUAACAUUAAAUAAUGUUGUAAAAAAAUAAUAUACAACGUAUAGAAUUAUACACAGCCGAAUUUUGCUCAAUUGUAGUGUAAAUAAACUAAGCAAAAUAUUUUUGUUAGGGCUAUUGAACAAUAUUUCUUUAAACAAUUUUUAAUGUUUCAAAAUAUUUUUAAUAUCUUAUUUGUAAUAUUACUUUUUCGAAUCGAGUUUUUAUAAAAUCUAUUAAUAUUUUAACAAAUUAUUUUUUUUAUAAAACUUAAAAUUUAUUAUCUUGCUAGAAAUCAAUUUCUAGAAUUGAAGAUGGUUAAUAUCAGUCAGUUCACACAUUAGACUAGCGUAUACAAAGGAUAAUUAAGUACAAUAAUUUUCUUAUAGUGUCUGUUUUUGGGGCAUAGUAUUUGUGCUUCUGUUGUUUGUUCUUGUUUCAAAAUCAGCACUAGUUGUAUGUUAACAAUUGAUGUAUUCACUGCGCCCUACCAAGCACCACUUAUUUUAUUAUUACAAUUAACAUAGAGUCCGUCCAAUAAAAUAUAGAUUAUCUGAAUUUUAUUUAGUAGAAAUCAUUUGUAAUAAUAAAAUCGUUUAAUAUUCAUCUAAAAUAAAAAUGUUUCAAUUAUAUUAUAUAUAGCUGAUUCAGAUUAAGAGAUAUAGUAUGAGAAAUUGUAAAUUAUUUUCUUUUUUUUAUAAUAAAUAAUAGUUAAAAAUACUUUAUAUAAUUUUUUUAACAGAUCGUCAAAAUACAAAACAGUAAACUAUCAAAUUUUUCUUUUGGAACAACAUUAAAAUCUCCUAACAUAUCAUAUUACUUUAAUAUUAUUUAUAGCUAUUGUAAAAAUUAUCCAUUCAUUUGGAAAUUCUUAGUAGACAAGUUAUUAACAUUAAAAAUAUGUAUGUGAAUAUAGUGGUAUUUAUUUUUAUCAGAUAACCGAAAUUCAUAAUUAUUACAUAUUUUAUUUUAUUUCAUUAUUAUUUUUUAUUUUUACUACAUACUCUAUUUCAUUCAAGCAUAUUAUAAUUAAUUUUGCAAAAUAUUUUAGCACUUAUUAUAUUUAUGCUAUUAUUCUAUGAAAAUAUUGCUUUACUUAUACUAAUAUAUGUUUUUUAUAUGUUAAAUUAGUAAUAUGUACUUUAAACAAAUUUAAGGUAUUUGGGAUAUAUUUACUCUCAAUUAUAGGUCAGAAAAAAGGGAUUAAAAUAAAUUUUCUGUUAUCCAACAUUAGAAAAAAAAAAAAAUAAUAAUCAUUUGUUAUUCUUUUAUUAAAAUUUGGCCUUUAAAUUGAAUUGUUUUAUUACUUUUAUCAUUAUUAUUUUUUUGUAAAAAUGUUAUACAUUUUAUAAAGUAUUAAUAAAUAUUUUGUUUAAAAAAUAUAAUUAGAGUUCUUAUUGAAAAAUUUGAGUUUUUAUUUACAAUAUUUAUUCAUAAUUGUAAUAACAUUAAGAACAAAAAAAAUAUGUACAACUAAAAAAUUUUAAUUACAA